UGACCGGGGGGAUGCUGUGGCAUCUGGAAUACCUCAGCGUUGUGUCUCCUUCUCUCAGAUUGAUUAAGUUAUCGGUGUAAUCAUUCCUUGACUCUAAUGACUUUCGAUUCUUUCUGAUCCUCGAUCUCUUUUUCUCACCUUGUUCUACCUACGUCUGCGCCCCUGCUACCGCAAACAUGGCGCGUCUGGGCCGCGCAGGGUUCCUUACCCUCGCCGUGGUCUUUCACCUCAUCUACGCUUAUUCGAUCUUUGACAUUUACUUCGUUAGCCCCAUUGUGAGUGGGAUGAAGUCGUUCCAUGUGGAACGAAACCCGGGUGCCUCUGCUCCAGCCAAGCGACUUGUUCUGUUUGUGGCCGACGGCCUGCGCGCCGAUAAGGCCUUCCAAGCAUCGCCCGACCCCGACGAAACCGCAAACGACGAUGAACCAAUUUACCUCGCCCCAUUCAUUCGAUCUCGCGUGCUUUCUCACGGCACUUUUGGCAUUUCCCAUACUCGUGUUCCAACCGAAUCCAGACCGGGCCAUGUUGCUCUUAUCGCAGGUCUAUAUGAGGACGUUUCGGCGGUGACCACAGGAUGGAAGCUGAACCCGGUGAACUUCGACAGUGUUUUCAACCGGAGUCGGCAUACAUGGAGCUGGGGAAGUCCGGACAUUCUGCCCAUGUUCAAGGAAGGUGCGGUUCCAGAUCGAGUGGAUGCAGACACAUACGGCGAGGAGGCGGAGGACUUUACCUCGGAUGCGACAAAGCUUGACACCUGGGUCUUCGAUAAGGUCAAGGAACUUUUCCAAUCCGCAAAAAGUGAUCCUGAGCUAGAUGCCAAGCUGCGCGACGACAAGCUUGUAUUCUUCCUGCAUCUUCUCGGCCUUGAUACCACUGGCCAUGGCUAUCGCCCGUACUCGAAGGAGUAUCUGAGCAAUAUAAAGGUGGUGGACCGGGGUGUGCAGGAGAUAACUCAGCUAGUGGAAGAAUUCUACGGCGACGAGCAGACGGCAUUUGUUUUCACCGCGGAUCACGGCAUGAGCGAUUGGGGCAGCCAUGGUGAUGGUCACCCGGACAAUACUCGGACGCCUCUUGUUGUAUGGGGAUCAGGUGUUGCUGGCCCUAAGAUACCGCAGGAGGGGACCUUGUCAGGACAUGAAGACGGUGUGUCGCAUGAUUGGGGCCUGCAUGGUGUUCAGCGAAACGAUGUUGCACAGGCUGAUGUCGCGGCGCUCAUGGCCUACUUGGCUGGGCUUGACUUUCCAACCAACUCAGUGGGCCAGUUGCCUCUCGCUUACCUCGAUGCCAGCCCAGAGGAGAAGGCUCGUGCUGCGCUUGCGAAUACGCAGGAGGUCUUGGAAAUGUAUAAUGUGAAGGAGGAACAAAAACAGGCCGUGUUGCUCCGAUAUAAGCCUUACGAGCCACUCGACAACCACAGCGAGGUCGUUGAGGAGAUCCAGAGACUAAUUGCGAGCGGCGCCUUCGAGAGCUCGAUUGAGAUGUCAUCAUCGCUCUUUGCCAGGGCCUUGGAAGGUCUGCGCUAUUUACAGACAUAUGAUUGGCUUUUCCUCAGAACCAUUGUGACUUUUGGAUACCUGGGGUGGAUUGCUUACGCUUUGACGACGGUUAUCGACCUGCACGUUUUGCACGGCACAUCUGACGCAAGAAGAACUGUUUUCAGCACCAUGUUCUUUUCUUCCGUAUUGGUCGCGCUCUUUUCUGUCUUCUUGUAUCAAAAGUCCUCCUGGCGCUACUAUUUCUACGGCUUCUUCCCCGUGUUCUUCUGGGAAGAAGUUUUUGCCCGCCGAAAAGCUCUUUCCGCUGGACGUGAAAUUCUUCUGGGCCAUGUACAAUCUGCAAGCGGUUACGCCACGCUCGGUAUUCAGCUAUUGGUGUUUGUUGGAGUGCUAGAGGCGCUGGUUCAAUCCUACUUCCAACGGGAGAUUUACACUGGUUGCUUCAUUCUAGGUGCUUUUUGGCCUUUGGUCUAUGGCUUGGGCUUCUUGAAGAGACAUAUAUUCCUGUCUGCUUCAUGGUCAGUCGGGUGUCUUCUCAUGAGCACUUUCACUCUGCUACCGGCAAACAAGGUCGAGGACAUCGCUACUAUAACAUAUGGCGGUCUUCUGAUGUUUUUCUCUGGUCUUCUAUACUUGCUUUUCGAGGAUACAAUCUUGGGCCUUGACCAAGAAUCAGGAAAGCUGCCCGAGAAUCGCUCUAGCUGGGGCUCGCGCACUAUAUUAGGGAUGCAGCUUGGUAAGGUCCUGCUUGCUAUUAUAGUCACGAGAUCCAGCGCGGCGUCCCUUCAAGCUAAGCAAGGCCUUCCAUUUGGUAACCAAGUUGUUGGUUGGGUUGUCCUUGUUGCAUCGCUCCUGCUCCCUUUUGUCCACCGACUAGCGCCCAACAGCCACUACAUGCAUCGGUUAAUGGUCCUUUUUCUGACCUUCUCUCCGACAUUUAUCAUCCUCACGAUCUCGUACGAAGGCCUGUUCUACUUCGUAUUUUGCAUGACCAUUAUGACCUGGGUACGACUGGAGCAUGCGAUCUACACAUAUACUUCGGCCACCAAGAAAGCGGCUUCAGCCACCGAAAAGUCUAGCGCGGAUGCUACGACCACCGUGGAAGGCCACGCGUAUCGGUACCGGAGUUUAAGCGUAUCCGACGCUCGCGUGGCCCUUUUCUUCUUCUUUCUCCUCCAGUCGGGCUUCUUCAGCACGGGAAACAUCGCAUCCGUCUCCUCCUUCUCACUGGAUAGCGUCUACCGGCUUAUUCCGAUCUUCAACCCCUUCAGCCAGGGGGCGCUGCUCGUUCUCAAACUCCUCAUCCCAUUUGCGAUCAUCAGUGCGAAUCUCGGGAUUCUGAAUCGGCGGCUCGAGGUCGCCCCUAGUGCAUUGUUCAUGGUGGUGAUGUCCAUCUCGGACAUCAUGACGCUUAACUUCUUUUACAUGGUCCGUGACGAGGGCUCCUGGUUGGAUAUCGGCACGACGAUCAGUCACUUCCUGAUUGCCAGCCUGUUGUGUACAUUUGUGGCGGGGCUGGAGUUCCUCAGUGAGGUAUUUAUCAGCGGAGUCGACUUUGGAGCCCGCGCCAACCAGGUGGCCGCGGCUGUCGCCGAAGCCAUCAGCGGCGAGGUGCCAGACCAGGCACCCAGUCGAGAGGACUAGACAGACUGGUCCUAUGCCGUUGGCCAGCCCUAGUCUGGGGUCGAAUUGUCU